GGGCUCAAGCUCAGGCAAGCGGCAGCAAGGCGUUGGCAAUCCCAGUCCAGUCGUCGGAGCACUCGCAAUUUCCCGUCACAGCUGGCCACCGCCCCACCCUCACGGCCUCACCUCCUCCCGCUACACGCACGCGCCCACCUACCCAAAACGACCGCGCGCGGCGCCCUCCUCCCGCGGUGCCACCACCACCACCACCUCGUCGGACCAUCACCACGCCGAUCGGCAGCUAAGCAGCUCCCGCCCCCAGCACCGCGAGCUGCGAUGGCAAUGGACGCGGCCGUGGCCGUGAAGAGCGGCGGUGGCGGCGCCGGAUCGACCGGGGUCACCGCGGCGGCCUCGCAGUCCCCGCAGGCGGCGACUAACGGCGGCGAGCGGCGGUCCCGGUUCCAGCGCAUCUGCGUGUACUGCGGCAGCGCCAAGGGCCGGAAGCCUAGCUACCAGGACGCCGCCGUCGAGCUGGGCAAGGAGCUGGGUCAUCCCGAGAUCCUUGAUGCCCAGAGAGGUCACUGGCGAGCCUGUUGGGGAAGUAAGGGCCGUCUCCGGCAUGCACGAGAGGAAGGCCGAGAUGGCCCGCUUCGCCGAUGCCUUCAUAGCGUUACCUGGUAUGCACUAUGCAGCAUGCACUGCAGAGAGGGAUUUGGUCACACAGUGGGGAAAAAAGGAUUCAGAGUUUUUGACACACGCUCGCUCGGACUCUCGGCAGGUGGCUAUGGAACUCUGGAAGAGCUGCUGGAGGUCAUCACCUGGGCGCAACUAGGGAUCCAUAAGAAGCCGGUCGGGCUUCUGAACGUGGACGGGUUCUACGACCCGCUGCUGUCCUUCAUCGACAUGGCCGUCAACGAAGGGUUCAUCAAGGAGGACGCCCGCCGCAUCGUCAUCUCGGCUCCCACGGCCAAGGAGCUGGUCCUCAAGCUUGAGGAGUACGUUCCGGAGUACGAGGUAGGCCUGGUGUGGGAGGACCAGAUGCCACCGUCCGCCGCCGCCGCGCACGGGUUCGCCCCGGAGCUUGUGGAGCCCGGGAUCACCUCCUCGUCCUGAUCUGGACUGGACGGGGACGUCGGCCGGGCCUGCCUACCUACGCUAACCCCAGAUUCUGACCGACGGCCAGCCCGGCACCAAGUAGAAAGGCUAUCCAUACUAGUACCACCUAAUUAAUACCGUAAUCUACUACUACUACUACUAACAAAGAAGAUUGUUGGGAUCGAGGAUGACAGCUAGCUAGCGUCUGCUCAGUCAGCAGCAUAUCGUCGUUAGCCGCGCAGUGUGCAGCUGCGUCAGCUCUGCCAUUGCUACUGCUCCUUUUGGGCUUUUGUGUUGUGCUCUCCUAGAAGUAGGGAGGAAGGAAGGAAGGCAUGCUAUGUAUAUUCCCCGGGUAUAUGGUUGUGGUAUGGCGAUUGGAUUUGUCUUGCUCGCAGCCUCGCACGUGUGAUGGAUGGAUCUUGGAACAAAAGCUAGUUGCAAUGCAAAAGCGAUUCAUUUCUAUCCUACAGUAAAUCAUACCAGAGUUUGCUGCUGUGCUGUGCUUUCUGCUUUGUUUGCUUGUUUACUAGUAGUUGUCGCGCGCCCUGUGCGCGUGCUGCUGCCCACUGAUGAAUAUAAUAACCCGUUCCUUUAGAGAAUUAA